GUAGAAGAGCAAUCUGGAAGCAAAGACAGCCUUCAUCUCACGCGUCACAACCAAUGGCUGCAUAACCUGAAAAGCAAGCACUGCUUGAGACGUAGGGAGCUUCACUGCGGCCGAACGAGUGUGGCUGCAUCUUAACUAUCGCACUGCAUGUGCAUCACCCUACCAGUCUUUGCUGGGACGGGACCUGGUCUGCGGCUCAGUAACUCUUCGAAAGUUGACUGUGCGGCACAGCGGCGAGUAUGAGCAUUGCUCAAUUGAGACGUCAGAUCGUACCACAAUACUUGCUCUGCUCUUCGUAGAUGUCCUUAACAGCAUGGACAGAUUGACUAGUGGAAGAUGACUAGACUGUCGAACGAGGCACGCUUCUGGAACUGUUCCCUCACCUGCGGACCACGUGUGGUGGGGAGCAUUAGCCGCACUGCUGCCGCCAAUAGACGCGGUUUCGUAUCUGAUCAGCGAACUGUGAUCGGCACGCGGGCGAUCGUACUGAGCUGCCGUGCGUUUGGUCUGGCGGUGCUGGAGCUGUGUCUGAUGGGAGAACAGACAAAAUGAGAAGCUUGCUAUAGUUAUGCACUCGCAUCGAAUUUGUCGGCAAACUAGAGCUCUUUUCUAGUGGGGUG